AUGGACCAGCCCUUAGAGGUGCCCGUAGCUCCCAUUGAUCCGUUGUUUGACAUCCCUGCUGAUUUUGACAUGGACCUUGUUGACCCGGAGCCUGUCAUGGCCCCAGAGCCUGUUGUUGCUCCUGAUCCUGCACCAGAGCACGACCUUGUUCAUGAUGAUGCACCAGCCUUGCACCACCCAUUGGUGGAUGAUCCUAUUGUUGAUAUACCCUUACCUGAUCCCGUGCCGGCUUUGGUUGACCGUGCACCAUUCGCCGCUCAUAUAGAUCCUCGAUAUGCCGACACCCACAACGGGUGGAUCGAGGAUGAUGACGAUUACCAACUGUUUGUGCUACCUGUCACUCCUCCAGCAGCACCUGUUUCUGCCCCCACUGAUAUUCCAUUGUUUCCCCCACACACCACAUACGCUCAUCGUACUGAUCUUCCCAUUACGUUCCUCCAGGACAUACCGCCACCUCGUCCUGGAGAGGGGUCAUCGAGGCAGCCCCCUAUUUCUGUUCCACCCGUACUGCCAUCAUCUUUUCCGUUCACGUCUCAGUUUCCUCAUGUUGCACCACCUAUUGCACCAUCUUUCAUACCAUCGAGCGAGCCAUUUUUGUGGACUACGCCCCCUGUUAUGCCAUUAUCUGAUCCGUACCACCCGUACCAUGUUAGGCACACUACGGAGGACAUACUUACAUCCUUGAUGAUGCAGCAGGAUGCAUUGACACGUCGUAUUCAGGAGUUGGAGAGAGCUUCACGACCACCUUGCCACUCCGCGGGGUCGCGUUCUGGUGCUGCGAAGAAGCAGGCAGAAGAGACGGCCGUGGGAGGGACAGCUGCGGGUCCCCCUGUGAUUGGUGAGAAGAGAAGGCCAGAGCAGAAAACUGCUGGUGGUGUUGAAACCAAACGUCGGAGACUGGUAACCAAAAGGUCUGCUCCGACGCAGAAAAAACCUGCGGUUGUCGUUGAGCCUCAAGAUGAAGAUUUUUCUAUCUUCGAUGCUCCGGAGUCCCCCCCGCUUGCCACGGGUGCGGGUGCAACGGAGGUGCCGUCGACACCUCCCGUCAAGGUCGUGCCUGAGUCAACCGUGCGGAAGGAGGGUACCGCAGAGAAUGCUGCGGCCCAGAUAUUUGACACCGUCGACUCGUCCAACAAUCUGAUCUCUCCCAAUGAGGGGGACAAUUUGAGUGUGCGGUUCACUGAUACCGGGAAGCAACAUUCUGAUGCUGAACCGCAAAAAACUGGCGCUGAAGCGCGGCAGCAUGAUGCUGAGCCGCAGAAGUCUUCGGUUGAUAAGGGCUGA